AGGGUUUAGUGUUUAAAAUUUAGAGUAUAGAGUUUAGUACGAACGACUUUAACAAUAUUAAAAAAAAUCUUUUUAAUUGCUAUUAUAUUAUUUAUUUAUUUUUUAUCCUUUUAUUUUAAAAAAUAAGUUCUAAAUAUUAUGUUUCCUUUUUAAAAAAUAUGUAUAUAAAAUAAUCAAUUUUCAUUGGUUGGUUCAUCUAGAGGUGAACCCAAGAAUAUUUCUUUUAAAUACCCAAAAUUGAUGUUAAUUUACUUAAAUAAAAGGCUAAUUUUCCUAAAUUAGUGGAGAGUCUGACUAUCAUUAAAGCGACAUCCAAUUGAGAUUCUGUCUAUAUGGAAAUUUAUUUUAUUUCUUAUUUUUAAUGGAAAACUUGGUGGCCAAGUUGCUUGCUCUGUAAUUAUAAAAGGAAUUAGGUGGGGAUAAUGUGAACAUCUCUCGAGUUACGGUUCUUUCUUCUUCUUCUUCUUCUUUGUUUUGUUUCAUUUUAUUAUUGUUUAAAAUUCAUGUCUCUCCUUCUCGGCUACUCCCCGAAGCUCUUCAUUCGGAAACCUGUGUUGGUAAGAGCCUCUGGUGGCGGCUCUUCUUCCCUGGUGCAAACCCCUCCUUGUUUCAUCCAUGGCGCGGAUCCUUGUGGGACAGAUCAUGUAUUACUCGAAUAUGCAUAUUCUAUGAAAAAUCAUCCUAGAUUGAGAAAAAAGGCGCCUGAGCAGCUAGUGUAUAACGAUGCAGAGGUAACAACAAUCGGGUCCUCUCAUGGCUGGGUAGCCUCUUUGAUGCAUGGCGUUGGCACUCUGCGUCUCCAUGAUGAUCUAAACCCGGUUGCAUCUGAUGCAAAUCCAAAACGCAUCUCCCUGCCUCCUCUUGUAACUGUGCCUCAUUGCCAAACCCAAAUCGUCACCAACGUGUCCUUGUCCUCACCAUCUCCAGAGGACGAAGAUUGUGUCGUGGCUGUCAAGUUCUUGGGACCCCAACUCAGCUACUGCAGACCCUCCUCUGCUCUAGGCAGCAAGUCCAAGUGGUUCAACAUCAGGAUCGCAAACCCUAGCUUCUUCUCCUCCCGUGUCAUGUUUUCCGAGAAACUUAACAUGUUUCGCAUACCUGGAGCUGGAGGCCAACUCAUUGGGUCAUGGGAUCUCUGCAAAGACCAGCACACACCCGAGAUUCUGGUGUUGCGAUAUCGUAACCUUCCCGAGCUGAGCGAAGCAGAACGUGAGGUUAUGGAUACCUGUUUCACCACCGAACACUUGGUGGAAUCACAAUCCACAGGUGAAACCUUUUUGGUCAAGUGUUUCAGACAGAGCGUGAACGGUGGUACCAGUUGGGAAACAAAAGCUGUAAUGGUGUUCACGGUACUUCCCUUGGGAAAUGCAAUGUACACUCGCCACCUUGGAGAUCUCACCAUUUUCAUCUCAAAGUCUGAAGCAUUCUGUGUCCGUGCAAGCUCUUUUCCUGAUGUGAGACCUAACGAAGUCUAUAUCUUGGAGGACACCGAGAUUGCAUUUUUCAGUCUUGCUGAUUCUGACAUCUCAGGUUAUACGAAAAGAGUCGUGGCCCCUUACUUUAUUCCACCUCAAAAUAUAGAAUAUCAAGUUUGGGAUUGAGUUGAGUCUAGAGUCUGUCUUCUCUUUAAAAGCUUUCAGCCAUCAAAAUAUAAUCUGUUUUAGUUUAC